GGGACUGUGACAGAAAAACUGACACAGACGCGGGGACCCGGUCCGUUUCAACGCGGAAGUGGUGGCCUUUUGAAUCCUCAUCUUCUUGGCGGUGGAGAGGGCAAGAGAUGGUAUCUUAGGAGAUGAUGCAAGGCCAAGCGGACAGUGGGAGGAAAACAAUUCGCUCUUUGAAAAGAGGAGCCCUUAGCGGGGACAUUGUAACGAUAGAGACCGGGAGAGCAAAACCAGCCUUUUAUUAGAGGCAGCCGCAAGCCCUCAAUGGCCAGCCUGGUGUAUGGAUGCGCAAGCCGGGCUGUUCUACAAUGGAGCCAGCGGCGAUGAGUUACAGCAAGUCCCCAGCAGCCGAAGCUGCCACUUGCAAUGGGGACCAUCAACAAGAGUCUCCCUCCCUUCAGGCUCCUAGAGGCUGCCAGCUCCUGCUGCCUAAGCCCCCACCACCACAACCCCCUGCCUCUGCUGCUGCUGCUGCUGCCCCCGGCUCCCGGAGCUUCUGGACGGCCGUGUUCGACUACGAGUCCACGGCUGACGAGGAGCUGACCCUCCGCCGGGGGGACGUGGUGGAGCUGCUGUCCAAGGACUCGCAUGUCUCCGGGGACGAGGGCUGGUGGACGGGCAAGAUCCAGGACAAAGUGGGCAUCUUCCCCAGCAACUAUGUCAGCAGCCACCCGGCCCACGGCGGCUUCCAGGGCGGCGAGGAGUACCCCCUGCCCCCGGUCAUCGACUUCAACGAGCUGCUGCUGGAGGAGAUCAUCGGGGUGGGAGGCUUCGGCAAGGUCUAUAAGGGCACCUGGGGCCGGGAUGAGGUGGCUGUCAAAGCGGCACGGCAAGAUCCCGACGAGGACAUCAGCGUCACGGCCGACAACGUCCGUAAGGAGGCCCGGCUGUUCGGCAUGCUGAGGCAUCCCAACAUCAUCCUACUGAAGGGGGUCUGCCUGAAGGAGCCCAAUCUGUGUCUGGUCAUGGAGUACGCCCGAGGUGGGGCUUUAAACCGAGCCCUGGCGGGCCGAAAGGUCCCUCCUCAUGUCCUGGUCAACUGGGCAGUACAGAUCGCCAGGGGAAUGAACUACCUUCACAAUGAGGCGGUUGUCCCAGUCAUUCACAGGGACCUUAAAUCCAGCAACAUUUUGAUUCUGGAGAAGGCAGAUGGCGACGAUCUCACCAACAAAACGUUGAAGAUCACAGAUUUUGGGUUGGCACGGGAGUGGCAUCGUACAACCAGGAUGAGCGCUGCUGGGACCUAUGCCUGGAUGGCUCCUGAAGUUAUUAAGUUGUCCCUGUUUUCCAAGAGCAGCGAUGUGUGGAGUUUCGGAGUCUUGCUGUGGGAAUUACUGACUGGGGAAGCGCCAUACCGAGAGAUCGAUGGGCUGGCUGUUGCUUACGGAGUGGCCGUAAAUAAACUGACCCUUCCAAUCCCGUCCACCUGCCCUGAGCCAUUUGGUAAACUCCUGGAAGAUUGUUGGAACGCAGACGCACACAGUCGCCCGUCGUUCACCUCGAUCCUCGCUCAGCUGGUCGAAAUCGAGCAGUCGUCCCUCUUCGAGAUGCCUCUGGAGUCUUUUCACUCCCUCCAGGAGGACUGGAAGCUGGAGAUCCAGCAGAUGUUCAACGAGUUGAGGACGAAAGAGAAGGAAUUGCGGAGCUGGGAGGAGGAGCUGAGCAGAGCUGCAAUUCAGCAGAGGAACCAUGAGGAGGUGCUGCGGAGACGGGAGCAGGAGCUGGCUGAGAGGGAGAUUGAUAUCGUGGAGCGGGAGCUGAAUAUUAUCAUGCGACAGCUCUACCAGGAAAAACCCAAAGUCAAAAAGCGCAAAGGCAACUUCAAGAAAAGCCGGUUAAAGCUGAAAGACGGAAACCGGAUCAGCUUACCGUCCGGGUUUGAGCACAAGAUCACAGUGCAGGCCUCACCAACUGUGGACAAGUGGAAGGGUCAGGUGACAGAUGGAUCGAGUCCCCCAGGCAGCCCCAUCAUGAUCCCCCGACUGAGGGCCAUUCGCUUGACCCCUGGAGAGGGCUGUCAGACCUGGGGCCGCAGCACUGUUUACAAACGUGAAGAGUUCGAGGGUCACAAGAAGAAAGGGCGGACCUGGGGCCCCAGCUCAACGCAGCAGAAGGAGCGUCUGGGUGGUGAGGACAGGUUGAGGUGUCUGGGUGAUGGCAGCAAGUUUUGGUCUUCGAGUGCACCAAGUCUGGGGAAGUCCCCUCGGCACAUUCCCAUCACCAUGGGCUUUGCCAGCCUGACUGAGAUGGAGGGUCAGAGCCCAGCUGGAGGGCGGUUCCAGAGUCUGAGCCAGUCGCCGGUCACCCUGGCUUUCCAGGAGAGCGGGUCCAGCCUGACGGACGACAGUUCCCCCGUCAUCUACGGCCUGAGUGCCGACAGCUGCAAGCGCAGUGCCCAGCGCAGGAGGAGCGAGCUGGUACUCCUGGGCUGCGCCAGCAUCUUGAGUUCCGUGGCGCUGAGCUGCGAUCUUCUCUCGCUGGGCCGCCAGCAGAUGCUGCAGGAUGAACAGGAGAAGAAGCGGGAGGGCAUCUUCCAGCGCUCAGGCCAGAGCCGCAACUCCGACAGCUCCCCAAGCUACCUGGCGCACAGGAAGGAGUCUGUCCUGCCAUCCCUGGAGGGCUCGUCCUCAGUCACACUGCUCUCUCUGUCCUCGGUCUCAGACUGUAACUCCACCCGCUCGCUCCUGCAGUCCGACAGCGACGAAGCUGGCACCUACGCCACACCAGAUGGUGCUGAUAGCCCUACCCGGGCCCAACCCGUCAACCCCCUGGUUGACCUAACAGUGGAAACCUUCAAGAGGGACCCCAGGCAGUCGCUCACCCCGACGCACGUCAGCGCAGCCUCUGCCGUUAAACGGGGGCACAGGAGGAUCCCAUCAGAUAGCGCAAUCCGGCAGCAGGCCCAGACCCAGACCCAGACGCACAGGAGGACUCCAUCAGACAGCAGUACGCACAAACUUGUGGACACAGGUGUUCCCAAGGAUUCCACUGAGAUCCCACGUCUUCCAGAUCCCAGCUCCUUUCUGCCCCCGAUCCUGCGGCGGAAAACGUCGGAUAGGGACGCAGCCCUGGAGAGACCGAAGACCCUGGAGUUUGCACCGAGGCCCCGGCCCGUGCCGGGCCGCCCAAGGAUUGACCCCUGGCGGUUUGUCUCCUUCUCCAGGACUCACAGCUCGUCUCCAGGCAGUGGCACCGAAACCCCCGGCAACACCGACUCCGCGGGCGAACGCCUCGGCACCUCCUGCCCACCUGUUUUGGACACGGGCUGUGUCCGGAGCUUGCUGGACAUCGACCUCGAGGGGCAGACUGCUGACGGGACAGUCCCACUCUGCCAGACUGACCUGGCCCUCCACAAAGAGUCCAUUUACAGUGUGGAGGAGGGUCACAUGCGCUGAAACUGCUAGGCCGCAAAGCCUAGCAACUGGUCCUGGCGCCAGGCCUGCAGCACCUCUCCCCCUUGACUCUGGCGUGUCAAGACCCCGCUCUCCGAUUGGCCGGUUUGAAAUUUGAACUGUCCAAUUCGUAAGACAAACUACGUGAUUGAAGGGGUCACCCACUGAGAGGGCCUCGCCAUUCAAACAUUCAGCAUCAACAGUAAUGGAUUCCGCAAAAAUGACCCCUUCUGUCACCCUCUUUGGGGGCAGGGGAUGGAUUAUGGAGUGGGAUGGACAAUACUUGAGCACAAAUAGCCUUUCAAAGCAGUUUGUGGUGGAUUGAGGGUUGCCAAUCUUACGGGGCCUACAGGUGAAGGCUUCACCCUAUGAAAUCCAGCUACAUGUCAGAAAGCCUGUCCAGCUCUCCCCCACACCCCCCCCAAAAAAAUUUAUUUAAUGCGGCAAAAGGAAAUCAAAAUUUUUCUUUGAAACGAUACAAUCAUUUUUAUUUUCUUUCUUGAGUUUUUGUCACAGGGUUGGAGGGGCCUGAAGAUGAUUCGUCAAUUUCUGAAGACUUGACGCUACCCCUAGACGGUUAGCAGCCCUAAAUAAUGGGUGUGAUGAUAGUGGCCAAGCCUCAUCCGCAAUUUCCUUCUUCCCUCACAAGAAAAAGGUGGCAGAACCUGUAGCACUGUGUUUUAGGAAAGUCAUUUCGCUGAAUUGACACGCAGAAAGCCAAUUUCGACAGGCUGAUUUCCUGUAACAUCCACCCCUUUGUCCCACGGUGCCUCACUGAGAGAGAAGGCUUGGAUACAGCUAGGCAGUGUAAAAAUGACCUCCCACUGUAAAUAUUUUGGUUGGAUAUUUUGGGGAUCAUCCUGGGUCAACAAUGAUGUGGCUUUACCCGUCAAACAGAAUGCGUUGCCAGUCAUUUCAGUUUACUAUUGUUUACGUUCCCUGUCGUGGACGUGGGUAGCAUUUUGUUGACCAUCCAUCCCACAUUACCAAGGAGAAGAUUACACCAUCCACAUUGGAGACGCCACCAUAUCCCUGAAAGUCACUGAUUUUGGCAGGGGGGAAACGGGGUGUGCAGGAUCAUUAACUGAGCGUGCAUCGUUUGCAAAACUGGAGUGUAGUUGAAAUCGAGAUCUUGGGAUCUCGUGAGGCCCCCAACAGAUUAUCCAGAUGUGUUUUCAAACAAAGGAGGAAAGAGAGGGACAUCGUGUUUUGAUGUAAGCCUCAACUAUCUGAUGUGCAUCUGUAAUGUCCCCAGCCAAUCAAAAGCCCAUCUUUCAGGCACCGUGUUCCUGAAUUAGCUAACUCUUCUCCAAUGGCCACGCAUUAUAGAGCAAAUUGGUUUAGUUAAAAAGGAAGGGUAAUCUCUCUCUCUCUCCAACAUUGACGCUCAGUCGCAGCAGGGUAUACCAUCUCCAAGACACACUGCAGAAAUUCACCGAAGGUCCUCCAGCAGCACCUUCCAAACCCACGACCGCUUCCGUCCAGAAGGACAAGGGCAGCAGAUACAUGGGAACACCAUCCCCUGCAAGUUCCCCUCCGAGCCACUCACCAUCCCGACUUGGAAAUCUGUCGCCGUUUCUUCAGUGUCACUGGGUCAAAAUCCUGGAAUUCCCUCCCUCAGGGCAUUGUGGGUCAGCCUACAGCAGGUAGACUGCAGCAGUGGAAGAUGAGAUAACAAGGUGUGGAGCUGGAUGAACACAGCAGGCCAAGCUGCAGCAGAGGAGCAGGAAGGCUGACGUUUCAGGCCUAGAUCCUCCCCCAUUUCUGAAGAAGGGUCUAGGCCCGAAUCAUCAGCCUUCCUGCUCGGCCUGCUGUGUUCAUCCAGCUCCACACCUUGUUAUCUCAGAUUCUCCAGCACCUGCAGUUCCUACUGUCUCUGAAGCAGUGGAAGAUGGCAGCUCACCAGCACCUUGACAAGGGGCAUCUACAGGAGGGGAGUAAAUGCUGGGCCUGGCCAGUGAUGCCCACAUUCCAUGAAAGAAUAGAAAUAAUCACUGCUUCAGUCUCAUUCUGAAGUCAUUUGGUCCAAUUCAUCCUUCAGGCAGGGUGUGAAUUUACAGACUCACUAAGCCUGAUGGUGUCUGAUUAACACAGGGAGAUCCCAGAGAGAUCUCCUCAAAACAGAGAAACAUUAUAAUGGAGGUGCUCAAAGUGACCGAGGGCUUUGACAGAAUAAAUACUGUUGUUUCACUGGCAAAGGAUUUGGUAACAAAAGGGAGAUGGAACUUACAUAUUCAGUAAAAGAACUGUAGGGGGACUUAAGGCAUGUUGCUCUGAUCUAGAAAGUCAGUGGAAGCAGGAAUUUCCAAAAGAGCAUUGAGUAUUGUCAAACAGCAGGGUGCCAUUCGCUCCAUCAUGUCUGUGUAAGCUCCUCGAAAGAAUCUACGCUUAAAAAGGAAACAUUUGAAGGUGCUGUGGUGUUGAAUUGGAUAAAUUACUGUAGAGAAGAUGGAGGAAGGGCUGGGGUGAAAAUUAAUGUUAUCCUACACCUUAAAGGAAAUCUUCAGGAUCGGAUCCUACCAUGCAUUCGUUGCCCAGAAUUCAACCUGUUGAGUGCUCGACGAAACCUAAUUUUGCCCCAAGUCGAAUCUCAGCCCAUGAACCUGAUUUGCACUACACUUGUUCCUGAAGCUGAGUCUCUCAGCGACACGAUAUCCUUGGUCACAGCCUCUCCUAGUGCUCACUGUCAGUUUUGCAACUCCAGGAGAGAGGAUGUGGGUGGGAAGCAUAGGGUCAUAGAACAUGGAAACAGAUCUUUUGGGCCAACUCAUCCAUGCCAACCAGAUAGCCUAAAUAAAUCUAGUCCCAUUUGCCAGUGUUUGACCUCUAUCCCUCUGAGCCCUUCCUAUUCAUCUACCCAUCCAGAUGCCUCUUAAAUAUUAUAAUUGCACCAGCCUCGACCAACCUCCUCUGGCAGCUCAUUCCAUACAUGUAUCGCUAUAUGUGAAAAAGUCUCCUCUUGGGUCCCUUUUUAAUCUUUCCCCCUCUUGCCUUAAACCUAUGCCCCUCUAGUUUUGGACUUUCCCCACCCUGGGGAAAAAGACCUCGGCUAUUGACCCCAACCCCUGCCUCUCAUGAUUUUAUAUACCUCUAUAAGGUCACCCUUCAGAAGGAUUUCACAAGCUGGACCAGCCAGCGACCGAUACUUGUGCAAUCUCGAGUUAGGAAAUGAAGUAAUUCUGUAAAAUUAUGUAAAUAGCAGAAAAAGAUGUGACUAUUCAUUCGCAGAGCAAGGACAUCUUGUGGGAUGGACCAACUCUAAAAGAUGUAAUAAACAGGAAGGAUGUUUAAAACUUUCAUCUCUAUGUACAUACAUGUAAAUUAUAUUAAAAAUUGCCAGAUUUUAAUGGCAGAUUUAUCCUUAAGUUAUACA